CCUUCAUCGAUUUUUUCAUAUCUUCCUGUCGAAUCGAACUUAAUCUGUUUCUCGUGGAACCGCAGGGUGCACGUUGUUACCUUCCGAGCGUCGCUUGGCGGUGUGAGCGAUUAAGGCGCAGCAGCUAGCCAUGGACACGGGCACCGGCGGCGGGCCAGCGGGCAUGGAUAUGGGGCAUGGGGGAGGAGGCGUGGGUAGUUCAAGUGGCGGGAUGGGACACCUGAAUGCCGGUGUGCCAGGACUGCCGUUCGGCGAUUUAAUGAAUCAGAUAUCCGAGUUUCCUCCGAAGAAAUUCGGCCAUCGUCGCGUGGCCAGCGAUAGCCUUCAGGGCUUUUGUUUCGGCAGCGGCGGCAGCGGUACGGGCAGCGACGCCAUACUGUCUGACGACAUGGACGUGGUGGCGGCGGCGGCUGGCAAGGGCGUGCACAUGGGGAGCGGGAUGGAGCAGUCGCUCUUCGCGGACAUGGUCGACAUGGGUGGCCUUGGGGCCACUACCGCUAUGGGCAACCCUGCUGCUGCUGCCGGUGGUGGUACUGCCGGCGGGGGUAUGUCGUUUCAGGCCGGCCAUCACCGUGCGGACAGCGCGGGCAGCGGAGGGGCCGCCAGCAGCAGCGGAGGAGCUGGAGCGGUUGGGGGUCAGCGGGCGGAGGUGGUGGUGUUGUGGGCGGGGGCAGCUGGGCUAGCGGGAGCCACGGCGCUGGUUACGCCCAGCAAGGUGGCGGACAAUCGGGAACACUGGGGGGCAUCAUGGGGGCCAUACGGGGCAUGCAGCAGGGGGCCGUGGAGCACCGGGCAGCAGUGGCGGCGGCGGCGGGCACUCUCGGAGCUUUUCUGUGGACGACGCGUUUCUGUUCAAGGCGGGGCCCAUUCGGGACUCGCUGAGCCCCAUCUGUAGCCCGCUCAACGGCAGCAGCCCCCUGCGACGAGGCGGGCGGCGAGCGGAUGGCGGGUUGUCGAUAAAGGACGAGGUGGACGAGCUGGACGACGACGAUGCCGUGCGACGGGUCAUGGCGACGAAGAAGGCGGCUGCCGACAACGAGGUCAUCGACGCCAAGAAGGCCAAACGCAUCUUGGCGAACCGGCUGUCGGCGGCGCGGUCGAAGGAGCGCAAGACGCGGUACAUCAUGGAGCUGGAGGAGAAGGUCGCGGCGUACGAGAAGCAGGCGCACGCUCUCAAGGCCACGCUCUCCAUCCUGCAGAGGGAGACGACAUCACUGGCAGAAGCUAAUGACGGUAUGACGAAGAAGCUCCAACUGCUGGAGCAGCUUUACCAGCAAAGCGAAGUUGAGAACAAGCAUCUGCACGACCAGGUGGAGAUGCUGCGCACUGCAGCCGGCUUGCCACCACUUUCCCAAUUCCCCAACGCGGCUGCCGCCACCAACUCUCUUGCUCUUGCCACUGCUGCUGCGGGUGGCCCACCCUCCCCGCUCUCCCCCCAUCAACCUGCAGCUUCACUUGAUGGUCAGCUGGGUCAGCUGCUAAAGCUCUUGCAAGGGCAGCCUCAAGCAGUGCAGGCUCUUUUGGCUGCUCAGCAGCAGCAACAGCAGCAGCAGCAGCAGCAGCAGCAGCAGCAGCAGCAGCAACAGCAGCAGCAACAGCAGCAACAGCAGCAACAGCAGCAGCAGCAGGCAGCAGCAGCUUUUGGCUUUGCUGCAGCAACAGCAGCAACAGCAGCAGCAACCCAAUCUUUUGUUGGGCCAAGGCCAGCAGGGUCAGCAGCAGCAGGGCCAGCAGCAACCAUCAUCUCUUUUUUUGAACCGCAGCCUUUUUAACAAUCUCUUGUAAACUCGGCAAGUUAUUGGGUCUGGGAUGGGACGUCUUAUGCAAGCUUAACCUGCUUGUGUACAGGGUCACUCCCUUUGGAUAGCCGCACUGUGGCUGACACCUCCCCAGUACGGUCGUGCCGUGUCUUGUGCUGCUGUGACCCACACCUGCUUGCCGCCUUCCCACCUGAACCCUGUGUUUGCCUCCUUGGAGGCAGUUAUGGAGGAACUUGCUUCAAGUCGGGAUUGAGUCGUGCAUCUUGCAUUAUUGUGGGCGGAGUGUCGGAAGAACGGCGGGAUGGGGAUCAGAGGCAUGAGUUAUUGUUUUUCUGGGUUAGGUUGGGAGAGACUUGAGGAAGUUGUAGAAGGGGAGGGGGUAAGGGGUAGUAGAAAUUCAGGCAAAUCUGCUGUCUCAGGCUGGCCUUUGCUUCAUUUGUUAACCUCACCUUCCUUCAGAAUUUAUUACCCAUGUAAAACUGUAGCAUUGUAUAGUAAC